AUGCUCUCCACUCAUAUUCUUGCUGUAGGAAUCCCGUGUAUUAUUGCCCUGGUUGCUGCUUUGCGUCUGACUCGCAGACGUGUCUACCCUUUACCUCUGCCGCCUGGCCCUCGUCCCUUGCCAUUUUUGGGUAAUGCACUCCAAUUAGAUUCGGAACGACCUUGGCUCACAUAUACUGCAUGGGGAAAGACAUAUGGAAAGAUUAUUCACUCCCGCGUCCUUGGGAUUGACUUUAUCACCAUAAACUCCGAAACGAUCGCGCGAGAGUUGUUGGACAAGCGUUCUGCAAUUUACUCGGAUCGCCCUGUUAUUCGAACCAAUGAAUUAUCUGGACUGUAUUUCAAUACCCUGCUCCUUCCGUAUGGCGAGGCUUUGCGACGACAACGCAAGAUCUUCCAUCAAGUCUUCAGGGCCGAAGUCUCUAUCCUAUACCACGACAUAUGCUCUCGCUACGCGAAUGAACUAGUCAUCAAUCUUUUGAAUGCCACGAGUGACUUGCAGGAAGAAACCCAAGCAUACACGGCAUCCCUGAUCAUGGCCGUGACAUACGGGCGCGAUACUCGCGGAAAUGGAGACUCGUUACUUGCCCGCGCAAAUGAACUCCUUGAUAUUGGCCGACAUGUUAUUUCUCCCGAGAAGGCUGCCAUAUUCACGGCUUUUCCUUUCCUCGAAAAGUUGCCAGUCUGGUGCUUUAGUGGGGCCUUUGCCCUGAUGGAACGCAGUAGAGAAUUAGCUCAACAACUUUUGAACGAGCCUUUUAACGAGGUGAAGGCACAGAUGGCAAAUGGUACUGCCUCACAUUCAGUAGUCGCUGACUUCCUCAGUCAAGCUGAUGGCAACGCUGACGAAGAGACAAUGAAGGAGAUUGCGUUGAUGGCAUACAUGGGUGGCAUAGACACUACUACGUCCGCAUUGCGGACAUUCCUGUUGGCUAUGUUGCUCUAUCCUGAUGUCCAAGCCCGGGCUCGCGCAGAAAUAAAUCAAGUCGUGGGGCACGAUAAAAUGCCAUGCCUUGAUGAUAGACCAUCACUACCCUACCUUAGUGCCAUCCUCCGCGAGGUUCUCAGAUGGUAUCCUCCUGCACCCCUAGGGUCGGAAUGGUACAUGCGACAUCAAAUGAUGAUAUUUACGACGGGUGCUGUAAUAGUGGGUAAUCAGUGGGCAAUGUCUCGAGACGAAGACACGUAUCCAGAUGCAUCGCGCUUCGAUCCUAGUCGUCAUCUAACAGUUGAUGGACAGCUGACGGAUCCUUUCGCCAACCUUUUUGUCUUUGGUCAUGGCAGGCGCGUUUGUCCCGGUCGUUGGUUUGCAGAGAACACUCUGUGGACUGCUGCUGCUGCCGUACUCGCCGUAUUGCACGUCGAUCAUGCUAAAGACUCAAAUGGAGACAGGAUUGAGGUGAAGCCGGAAUAUACCACCGGUAGGGCGAUGUAAUCACCCGAAACCCUUCCGGUGCUCUUUUGAAAGCGUGAAUGCAGCGAGAGAAGGGCAACUUCGAACGAUGAUGAAUUUGAAGUAGACUGUCCUGUGUACUUGGUGGUGGUAUUACUAUGUACAUAGGAACAUGAUUUCUCUACCGCAUUGCGCAAGCAUGGGCAUCGCUAGUAGUUUGAGGCUGCGCCAGCUGUUGAUAGACGCCUUCAGAAGCUUCAGGCCCAUGGAUUUAAUAUUAGAGUGUGCGGCUACAAAGACUG